AUGUGGUUUUGCCAAGAAAGAAGGAAAGGUACCCCGAUAUCUGGGCCCAUAAUAAAAGAAAAGGCAAUAGCUUUGCACAAAAAACUAGAAGCCGGAAGUGAGUUCACCGCUAGUGAAGGCUGGAUUGAUCGCUGGAAAACCCGUCAUGGCGUCCGGUUUGUUUCAAUUACUGGAGAAAAACUAUCCGCUGAUGCUGAGGCGGCCAAGAAGUUUGCUAUGAAGUUUCGAGAAAUUGUCGAACAAUAUGAACUGUUACCUUGCCAAGUCUAUAACAUUGACGAGACAGGCUUAAACUAUAAAAUGCUUCCAAAUAAAACACUCGCUUCAUCAAAUGAUACCGUGGCAGGAACGAAACUUAUACAAGAUAGGCUAAUCAUUGCACCUUGCAGCAACGCUGAUGGGACACACAAGCUUCCCCUGUUCGUUAUUGGUAAAUCUAAAAAGCCUAGGGCAUUCAAAAACAUAAAUUUAUCUUCCUUGCCAGUUUAUUAUCGCAAUCAAAAAUCUGCUUGGAUGGAUUGCUAUCUUUUCAAAUCUUGGUUUAUCGACGAGUUUGUUCCAUCUGUUGAAACGGACUUGAAUCAAAAAUAG